UCGGCCAGGGCUGUGCGUUCCCAAAAUAUGACCAGGGGUGCUUGGAUGUGUAGUCGGCAGUGUGAUGACGGCUUAAAAAUCUGGUUCGCACCCCGGGAGAACGAGAAACCCUUCACGGAUUCAGAGAGGGCUCAGAAAUGGCGACUGUCCCUGGCAUCGCUCUUGUUUUUCACGGUCCUGCUCUCUGAUCACUUGUGGUUCUGCGCCGAGGCCAAAUUCACGGGGACCGGAGAGAAGGAGCAGCCGCCGCCCGAGAAGCCGGAGCCCGCGGAGCCGGAGCUGCUGGCGGGCAUGGGGGAGCCGGCGCCCCCCGCGCCCCGGCUCCUCGCCCCCCCCUCGCCCUCCCUCCCGCCCUCCCCCGGCAGCAGCGGCGGCGGCAGCCGCGGCAGCCGCACCAACGGCACCGAGCCCCGGCACGGCAAGGCUGCUUUCCUGGGGAACUCCACCGCCAGGCCCCCGGAGACCUGUCCCCCCCCGGGCUCCUCGUCCGGGCAGUGCUUCAGCGUGGGCGACGUGGAGGCGGUGUGCCAGCGGCGAGGGGGGUCGGGGCGGCCGCGGGGCACGGGGCAGAGCCCGGCGCCCGGCUGGGACCUGACGGAUUUUUACCUUUCCUUUUGUAAUUCCUACACACUUUGGGAGUUGUUCGCCGGGUUGUCCAAUCCGGACACUUUGAACUGCAGUCUGGAUGUGGUGCUGAAGGGGGAAGGCUCCUGCAGCCAGUGCGUCCAGGCUUACCAGCGCUACGACCAGCACGCUCAGGAGAAAUACGAAGAGUUUGAGGUUAUGCUCCAGAAAUAUUUACAGUCGGAUGAGUACUCGGUGAAAUCGUGUCCUGAGGAUUGUAAGGACUCUUCAUGUGCUGAUUCUGUAUCUGCCAACAAACAUUCUCCUGUAAGCCACAGUCGCGUGCUGUCACUAGAGUCGCUGGACAUAAGGCUGCUUGUGCAGUUCGAAAGAAAAAACAUGAGGCAACAACAGUUCUUUGUAGAGCUCAGUAAAACAGAGAAAACCUUGAAGCAGAAACUUCUGUUUCUCAAAUUAUUUCCCUUCAUCAGCAUCCACCCACUUUAUCUCAAGCAGAGGUGUGUGUUUCUUCCAAUUUUCUGAGACAAGCAGGUAUUAUACGUAGAUGCUUAGAGGAUGUACGCAAAGGAGAAUAUGCUCUGCCUGCCAUAAUGGACUUGAACUGAUGAGAAAAGAACAUCAAAUUUCAACUUGCAGAGAAGAAGAAAAGCCAGUUCCAAACCCUGGAGCAAUUAUGUGACUUUCUUCCAAUUUAUUCUCACAUCUUAUCAAAAUUUAUCUCUGCAAGGAAUCACUGAAAGAAUAUCUGUGAGAAUGAAGCUUUCAGAGGAAUAUCUCAGGUCAGUGAAGAAACAGUCAAACACAAUGAAUUAUCAUUCAACUUAAUAUCAUGUUUUUACCUAUGAAUUUUGGGGGUGAGGGAUUUUAGUUUGUUUGGAAAUAAUUGAAAACAAAAUCUUUUUUUUUAUUAGACCAUCUUGCAUAUUUCAAAGGGAAUCAUAUUUUUUGGCCAAUCUUAGGAGGAUUGCUUCAAGUAUGUCUUAUAGUUGACUCCUUUAAAAAAAAAAGGAAAUAGUGUGGAACUCAUGAUCAUGAUUCUGUAAUUUUGAACAUUAUAUUCUGAUACUCCUUUUGUAAUGUUAUUUCAAAAAAAGCAUAAUAAAAGUUUUCUUUUAAUUAUGACUUCUAUGAGUUGAUGUUUUUCUAUUAGGCCCAACAUAAAUAGAAAAAACACCAUCUCCCUUUCUUUCAGUAACUCAAAUUUUCUCUUAGCUGCUCUUUUCUCAUGUUCCUCAUUCGACCUCUCCUAAGAUAUCCCAACAGCAAAAUAUCUGCAUUUAAAGCACAAUUAAUAUCAAAUAGCAGAUAAAAAUUAGCAAUCACAGGCUAAACCCAAAUGAAUCUAUUGGGAGGACAUAUGUAUCAUAGCGGUAAUUAUUUGUAUAAGAAAUAAAUAUGUGUUUAUAUAUAUGUGCAGAAAGAGAGAGAAAUUUUUCAUGUUGAUCUGUUGGAAGGAGGAGGUAGUAAAGAAGGAAGAUUCAGAAGAAUCUCUCAGUGUCAUAGGUAAACCAUUAUGUUCAAACCUAUUUUGCUGUCCUCAUGUAAAUGUCAUGUAAAGCAUCAGUGGUGAGAAAAACUGCUUACAGUAUACUAGUAUCCAUAAAAUUCAAGAUGCUUAAUUGAAUGUUGUCCCUAAAAUAAUUGCUGUAAACGUCUGCUUUUUUACAAAGCCCCUUUGUUAUGUCAUCUUUGGCUGAAAUUUGUGAAAGUUAAAAGUCAAUAGGGUACUGGUUUAUUCUGAGGGAAUAUAAAUCCAGGAAAAUAUUGUCUUUGCAAACAAACCAUUAUGAUACAAAUAAAACUAAUUUUAAAAAAAGCAAGACAUGCAAAACCUUAUGUUUAUUAAUUUAUUUGGGAAAUAGAAAACACUUCAUGCUGAAAGCUCAGGAUAAAAACCAAACUAAUCUUUUAGAUGUAAAAAUGCUAGGAGAAUAUUUAAAGUGCUUACAUAUGGUGAAUUUCUUUUUAAUGGAGCUACUUUAGAGAUGAGUUGUAACUUGCUUAGAGUCUCACAAUUAUUGCUGCAGGGAAGACUGAAAAUGUACUCCAAAAUUCAUGAAUCGAUAAAGGAAUUCCCACCCUGUCAAGUUGCAGCUCUGCAAGGAGGCAGAGCAUCACUUUUGUGCUGCUGAGGCUCAAAGCAUGAAGAACCCAGUGGUGUAAAACAGUAGAUUGUUUUUCUGCAGAUAAGAAAUGCAAAAAGUCAAUAGACAGGAUAGCAUAGCAUGUCACACUGCUACUGUGGAAGAAAUAAAGCAGAGAUGAAAAAAGAGGGGGAGUGUGUAACAAAACAACCAGAGCAGAAAUAUAAGUUUUGAGACUUAGUGAACAACUAAUCAAUAAAAACAGACGGACUCAGAUUUGUCAGAAACAUGAAAUGUCAGUGAAGUUUAGUGUUGGUGCUCUUUCACAUCUAUUGUUGAACCAUAUAUUUUAUCUGUAUUUACUGAAUCAAUGUUUAGAAUUAAAUAAAAACCACUAAGCCUUUGGACUUAACUUGUGGUUGAUUCACAGCUAAAAGUUUGGGUGACAUUUUUAACCUAGUUGUUCUUUUUCUGUCCCUUCCAUGUGUAGGGCCUGAUUGCAAUCUAGAAAGGCUAGAAAUUUUGAUGUGAAUUAACUUUAAAGGAGAAUAAGCCUGCUAGUGUCCUAGAAAAAUGUGAUCACAUUUCUUUUUGUGGGUCUUGUCUGCCCAGCUUAAAGCCAGCA